CCGAGCAAGAUGGAGGCCGCGCAGAGGCCGCCGCCUGGGCCCGGCAAGCCGCCUCUGGGAGCGCAGAGCCGCGGCGCCUAGGCCGUGCCAGUCCCGGACCCGCCGCUCCGGACCGGGCCCAGCUCCCGCCCGGCAGCCCGGCGGUCGGUCCCGGGCCGGCGGCCCCCGCCAGCCGCCGCCGCCGCCGCCGGCCCCGCCCCCGGGCACCAUGCUGCCCUCGCAGGAAGCCUCCAAGCUCUACCACGAGCACUACAUGCGGAACUCGCGGGCCAUCGGCGUGCUAUGGGCCAUCUUCACCAUCUGCUUCGCCAUCAUCAACGUGGUGGUCUUCAUCCAGCCCUACUGGGUGGGCGACAGCGUGAGCACCCCCAAACCUGGCUACUUCGGCCUCUUCCACUACUGUGUGGGCAGCGGGCUGGCGGGCCGAGAGCUCACCUGCCGCGGCUCGUUCACCGACUUCAGCACCAUCCCGUCCGGCGCCUUCAAGGCGGCCGCCUUCUUCGUGCUGCUCUCCAUGGUGCUGAUCCUCGGCUGCAUCACCUGCUUUGCGCUUUUCUUCUUCUGCAACACGGCCACGGUCUACAAGAUCUGCGCCUGGAUGCAGCUCUUGGCAGCUCUGUGCCUCGUGCUGGGCUGCAUGAUCUUCCCCGACGGCUGGGACGCCGAGACGAUCCGGGACAUGUGCGGGGCCAAGACUGGGAAGUACUCCCUGGGGGACUGUUCGGUGCGCUGGGCGUACAUCCUGGCCAUCAUCGGCAUCCUCAACGCUCUCAUCCUCUCCUUCCUUGCCUUCGUGCUGGGUAACCGGCAAACCGACCUGCUGCAGGAGGAGCUCAAGCAGGAGAACAAAGAUUUUGUGGGCUCUACAGUAAGCUCGGUGUUGCGGCCAGGGGGUGACGUCUCCGGAUGGGGCGUCCUCCCGUGUCCCGUUGCUCACACACAGGGACCCUGAAGGCCGGAAUCACAGCCCAGGAGUUGACCUGCCCUCAGCUUGUCCUGUCUCCUGCCCUCUCAUCCCUCCAUUCACGCUCCGAGGGAAGACCCCGAUCUUGGACUGACCUCACCUGCUAUCUGCCUGCGAACUCUGGGCUUUGAAGAGAGGUUGGGGCGGACAUGCAGCCUGGGGGAGGGGAGAGGCCCUGCAGACCCUGCGGGUCUGCACUUCCUUCAGCUGACCUAAGGGAGCUGGCCCCCAGCCCCUGGCCUCCUCCUCCUCUUCAGCCUGGCCGGGGCCCUGCUGAGUCUCUGGGGAAAGAGGUGCUGUGGUUCCCGGCCAGGCUGCCCCUGUCUGCAGGGCUGCGGCCUGGCUCCAUCCUCGCCUCCUCUGGUCCCCACCUCCUGCAGAAACUCAUUCAAGAUACUGCUCCAGGGCAGACCGGGCUCUUUCCUACCUUUUUUCUUUUUUGCCAACAACGGUUCCAUCAUCUCCUCACAGAGCUCCAGGCACCACCGGCCUCCCUGAGGCCCGUCUGCUCCAGCCUGCUUCCAGCUCUCCUGAAGGAAUCCAAGCUGCGCCGAGGGAGAAAGCACAGGGCCUCCGGGUCUGCUGCUGACUGGGGCCCUGUCAGCGUGGACUCUGAGCCAGGACAGGCCUCUCUGGAGGCUGCGCUCAGACUCCUGUCUUGGUGGCGCGUGGCUGCUGCAGGCUGGGGCUGAAAGUGGCUCAGCCUGGGGCUGGCCGUCUCCUCCCUGCGGACGGCUCACCAGGGACUGGACCUUGACCCUGGCCUGUUUUGUACAGCAUAGACUUCUUGGCCCUGUUGUCAGGGUUGGGGGUUGGGGCAGGGGCCCAUGAGUGGGGAAUUAGGGGACGCCUCACCCCUCUGCCCCAUCUCAUGUUGUCCCCCCGACCCCCUUCUGCCAAGGGCAGAGACUGUCUUGCCUCUUUGAUACUUUUCUGCAUAACUUGAACUUGCAGGUCACCUCUGAACAGGGUACCCCCUGUCCCCAUCCCCAGGCCUUGUAACCCUGUCCCCACCUCUUCCUUCUCCCUGCCCACCUCUCACCUUGCGGUUUGCCCAGGGUCUCAAACCCAGUGGCACGCUUGGAGCCGAGGCAUGAGUGAAUGUGUGUGAGUGUGUGUGUGCAAGUGUGUGGGGGGCAGAUGAAGGGUCUUCUGUCCCCCCUCCCACCACUGUGGGGCCACCCCCCCACACCCCCCACCGGGAGCACAGGAUGGAGACUAUAGGUGUGUCUGACCUCCUGUCACUGCCUGGGGGGCCUGGUGGUAGAGCCAUCUGGCCUGGGGUGUGGAUGGCCCCCUCCAGCUCCCCGCUGGGUGGCCGGUUAGCUCCAUCUUGUGUGCCUACUUCUGUCUCCAGGUGCCUGCUGCCUGGCCCACUGUGGAGGGCCAGCGGGAGGCCCCUGCAGGCUCAGUGGGGAAGCUCGUGGUCACCAUGUCGUCGACCUCGGCCGAAGGAGGGAGGAAAGCAGCGAGUGCCAUGUGUUCACAGCCCUGUGUUCAUUUCCACUGGGCCUGAGAGUUAGGGCUGCCAAGAGACACCCUAGAAAUCCUCUGCCCAAGUCCCCCAUCUGGAAUCACAUGCUCUGGGAGGAUUCCUGAAACCUGGACCGUGCUCAGUCCUGAUCCCUGCCCUCUACUCCCUCCUCCUGGGCAAACACCCCCCCAGCCCCUCCCCCAUGUCCGGCCCCUGCACUGUGCCCCCCUCCUGCUCCCCCCAGGGUCCCGAGCUGAGUGAGAGGGUGGGGGGAACCUCGUGGGGGGGGGUGCAGAAGUGAGUUCCUUCAAGAUCCUAACCAAAGCCCAAUGUUGGAAGCCAUUAGGAGGAGGGAGCAGGAAAAAGUGAUUAGAAAUGGGAAGAAGAGGAGAUUGGGGAAAGAGAAGGAGGAGGCACAGAGAUGGAGCUACAGAGAAGGAGAUUGAACGAGGUGUUACAAAGUAGCGAAAGAGUGACCAGAGAGGGGGAUGUGAUGGAUGGAGAACUAGGAUGUGGGAGGGGAGGUGGCCAGAGACAAGGCAGGCACAGGGAUGGUAAGGAGGCAGAGGAAGAGGAGUUGUAGGGGGCCAGGUGCUGGGGAAGAAAGGAAGGGGAGGGUGAUGGGGAACGGGGAGCCGCUGCCACCCAUGGGAGCCACAAACCCCUGUGCGCUGCUGGCGGGAAGCUUAGGACCUAGCUCCUGAGAGGCAGAGGCGGGGCCCAGGCAGCCAUGCCCCACCCUGUUGGGAAGGAAUCGCAUCUAGGUGAUUGCCCAGCAGGUUAGCGCCACUGGAGUGGGUGAGUGGUAGAGACGGAGGUUUCCUUUGGAGUGGUUGGACGGUGUUUCCCAGUCACCGUCCACCCAACCCCCUGCUGCCCUGACUAAGGGGCAGUGGGCAGUGCACCCAGGAGCUUGGGGUUAGGAGGAGACUGUUGGUGGGCCUGAAGGAACACCAGGGUACCUUAGGGAAGGGAAGGAGGCUGGAGUGGGUACCAAACCAAAGUCCUGUCCCCGAGGCUUCAGCAGAGGUGGGAACAGAGCAGGAAGGAGAUGCUUCAGCCAGAGGCCCCAGGUGAGGCUGAAGCAUCAGCAAGCCAGGACCCAGAUGGCUCUCCGGGGCCAGGAAGUCAUCACAGCGAGGAUGUUUGUGGUUUGCUCUCACCCACACCUGGCCACUUGGUUUAAGCCUUUGGGAGGAGGCUGAAGCAGAGGAGAUGGUCUGUUUGCAGCUGAGUCUCUUGGUCGCUGAAAGAGGCUGAGCUGUGUGAGUGGCCCACUGAGGCACUCCUCUCCUCGCCUGCCUGGGCCAGAAAGGCUUUCCUCUGCCGGAUGCAAGACUCUCUCAGGAGAGGCCAAGGCAGCUCCAACCUCGAGGGGGUCCAGAGCGACGCUUGCUCAAGUCCUUCCAGGUCUCUUGAUGUGAGAACUUUCCUCUUUGGGGCUCAGUACCAUGGGUAGGUUCAAGAUCUUUUUCAGGCCUGUUAGAGCCAAGAAGUUGGGAGCUUUUAGAGAAGGCUGUGUGUGGGGAAAAAUUUCUGCCUGGCUGCCUGUUGAGGUUCCUGCUUGGGCACAGGGGAUUCACCCUUCUGCAGCUCCCAGUGUGAACUGAGGGAAACCAAAAAACCCUCUCUUUGGAGAAGCUGGGAUCUUCCUGGCACGAGAAACUUCCGCAGGCCCCUGCCUGGCUCAGGGCUAGCCUUCAGGUGGGACUGGAGUUUCCUGAGAAGGGAACAAGGGAGCCACAGUCCUCCCGAGCUCUGACCAGCAGAGGGCCCGUGCUAUGUGUCAUUAGGAUAGCUUGGUGUUGUCUACACUCCAUUAGUAAGUUCCGUCUGAAUGUGUCCUCGCUGUUCAUCGUCCAAUUUGGUAACAUUGAUUUUGGUCCUGACCCCUUCUGCUGCUGCUGGAUUUGAGCUUCAGUGCAGGUGGAAUGAUGUUCAAAUAAAGACACACUUUAUAUAUCACC